GAGCAAGUUUAUUAACAACACUGCAACACCCCCCCCCCCCAAAAAAAAAAAAAACAAAAACAUUUUCUGAAAUGUGACUAGAUCGUGAAACAGGAAAUAAGACAGUUAAGAAAAGGUUAGAGUUCAUUUGCUUAACAACAGUGCUGGCGUCUUAGUAACCGUGCGAUGUUAAGAGGUGGUGGUGAUUGAUGGAAAAGGAAAGUGGUAGGGAGCCACUGUUUAUUGAAAUACAAUGACUGUAAACCCACUUUCCAGUCCCAAAGGAAUAAAAUUAUUAUGUGAACUAUGCCAAAGUCCAGCAUUCAUCCGGUGUACAAAAUGCAGGGUCAGCUACUACUGUGAUGUGGCUCACCAAAAGACAGACUGGGUGGGAAUCCACGAGAAGAUAUGCCAGUUGCUGAUUCCACUACGUACCCCAUCUCCAUUUCUUAGCUCUAUAAAAGAGCGACAUCAUUAUGAAGAGCAGCUGCUACAAAGACAGAAGCAUAUUGUGGAGCUGGCUUAUACGGUGGCUCAGAAGUUGCUGUUUGAGGGAAAGCAUGAGGAAGCAAUCCCUGCUGCCUUACAGUCAUUACGAUUUAGUAUUGAUAUUCAUGGCCUGAAUUCUGUCCAGCUAGUACCAUCAUUGCUGCUAUUAGCAGAGGCCAAUAUUGGACUUGGGCACUUGGUACAGGCAGAGGAAUACCUUUCUCGAGCACAGUGGACUGUGCUGAAGACACCAGACUGUGAUUAUAUAAUACGCCACAAACUUUACAGAAAUUUAGGACUGCUGUAUGCUGCCAAAGGAGACUUUGAAGAAUCACUUCUGCAUUUUGCUAAUGAUGUUUAUUAUGCCAGUGAAGUAUUUGGUACUGGUGAUAUUCACAUUUCAGGUGGAUACUUUCACAUGGCUAAUGUUUUUUUCCGGCAAAACAAGAUGAGCAUAGCCGAUUCCUUGUACACAGAGGUGACAGACAUUUGGCACUCUUGUUUAAGCAAACUGGUAAAAGCUCGGUCAUAUACUCCUGAAAAGCCAGUGGAAAAUGAGGUGACUUUUCAGAGGACAGAAAUAUCAGCAAUGAAUGUGGAAUGGCUUGAUCGGAUCUGGCUGCUGUAUCCACCUCUUAACCAGCUGGGGACAGAUUAUUUGUCAGCACCAACCCCAUUCCUAUGGAAAAAAGAAGGCAAGGUGUUAGACAGAUUUGAUGAAGCACAAGAAGCAGAAGCUGUACAAGUACUGAAUGUCAUUUUUGAUAUCAGAGAGCAGGAUGCAAAACAGGAGCCCAUUAAAGUUGCCAAAAUUGCCCAUGCACUUUCCAUGUUAUACUACCUACUGAGGGACUUGCCAAAGGCUUCUGAAUUUGGAGAGAAAGCACAGACUGCCAGCAAACUGGUGCCAAAAUAUGGAGAUGCAGAGACCAUUGAAAAAUUCCUGAAGCUGGUGAAGUUGGAAUCUGAAUAGCCAACCAGUCAAAUAGACUAUAAUUAACAUAUACAAUUUUAUACAGAAAUUGAAAUAAUCAAAUUUUAUAUUCCUCUAAACAUGCAUUUCCUCCCAGAAUUAAAUGACUAUGAAGCAAUGA